UUUCGGAACGGCGCAUCAUAAUCACCAUCAGAUUAACCUCAUGACCCCAAGACAACAGCAUAAUCCAGCGGCCCGAUCCGCCACUUGCGGGGUAUCCCGCCCAACGCAGCAGCAAAAAGAGACCUGCACGGACUACCUGCUCUUCGACGCCACGCUGCAAGAAUUCCUAACCUACAAGCGCGACGUGCAGGGACGACCCCCCUGGCUCGACUGGACGGACGACGGCUGCUCGGCCUCGAUGGACUACCCGCUGGGCUUCAACUUCCACGACAGCUGUCUGCGCCACGACUUCGGAUACCGGAAUUACAAGGAGCAGGGGCGCUUCGACCACGCCCCCUCGAAGAAGGCGAUCGAUGCGCGCUUCAAGCAGGAUCUGGUGGACAUGUGUCGCGGGGUGACGACGCCGUGGCAUCGCAUCAAUAGUCAUUGGAGCUGCGUCAAUUGUGCUCAUCUGUACUAUCGCGCGGUGCGGUGGUUCGGGAAGUUCGGGAGGCACGUCCCUAGAGUACCUCCGUUUAGUAAGAAGCGGUAGAGAUGUCGUGAUAAUACCGUUCGCAAGGUGUUUGUGUAUUUCGCUCCGCACGAGAGGGAAUAUCCUCGCCGGUAGAGAUAGUCAAUGUUGUAAGUACAAUACGGAGUCGGGUGUGGAUCAUCAG